UUUCUUAAAAAACACCUACUAACUACUCUUUGUGUUCACUCCUACUUCAAAAGACCAAAACUCCAAAACUUCAAAACCACCAAAAUUCUCAGCUUCCCCUGAUCGGAUUGACGAAAAUGGCCGCGACAUCGGGUGCGGUUCUAAACGGGUUGGGCUCGUCCUUCCUGCGCGGAAGCAAGAGGAGCAGCCGAGCCUUGUUCUCCGCCGCAGCCAAAACAACAAGCGGCAAUAAUGUCUCUCCUAAGAGGUUCAUUGUCGCCGCCGCUGCGCCCAAGAAGUCGUGGCUCCCCGGUGUUAGAGCCGGCGGCAACUUGGUCGACCCCGAGUGGCUCGAUGGCUCGCUCCCGGGCGACUAUGGCUUCGACCCGCUAGGCCUCGGCAAGGACCCAGCAUUCCUCAAGUGGUACAGAGAAGCCGAGCUCAUCCACGGGCGGUGGGCCAUGGCUGCGGUGGUCGGGAUCUUCGUCGGGCAAGCAUGGAGCGGCAUCCCCUGGUUCGAGGCCGGCGCAGACCCCGGCGCCAUCGCCCCGUUCUCCUUCGGAUCCCUCCUCGGCACCCAACUCAUUCUGAUGGGGUGGGUCGAGAGCAAGCGAUGGGUGGACUUCUUCAACCCGGAAUCCCAAUCGAUCGAGUGGGCGACGCCGUGGUCAAGGACGGCCGAGAACUUCGCUAACGCGACGGGUGACCAGGGGUAUCCCGGCGGGAAGUUCUUCGACCCGCUGGGGCUGGCGGGGACGAUACAGAACGGGGUUUACCUGCCGGACGGGGAGAAGCUGGAGAGACUGAAAUUGGCGGAGAUUAAGCACGCCAGGAUCGCCAUGUUGGCGAUGCUCAUCUUCUACUUCGAGGCUGGUCAGGGGAAGACCCCUCUCGGUGCUCUUGGCUUGUAAAUUGUACGGAAUGGACUUGGGAGUUUGUGUUGCAAUUAGUGUUGUUUAUUAAUGGUGUUAAUAGAUUUAAUUGAGUUUUAGAGAUGAGAGGGACUGGAGAACAAGUUCAAACUGAUCUCAUUUUCGACUACUUUAGUUAUAUACUUAAAUACUAUUGGGUGUUAUUCUUACUUAAGUGUUU